AAGCAAAUAUAGCUAACACGCUUUUUGCGUGAAGCACGUGAAGGCGAACUGUUGAUGAGUGCGGCGCUUCGUGUUUUCGUUUAACGCCAUUGGCCCACGCGUGUUGCGGUGGCGCCGCCGUGCGGCCAACACGGCCGCUGCAGUCCACGCUCGCCGUGUCACAGGCACUCGCAUUGUCUCCUCCAGCGGCGGCGUGCCGCGUUCCCCCGCUCGUCCGCGCCACCGCCACCGGCAGCGUGCCCGUCCGCGCCGCUCGAGCGCCGGCGAUCGGAAUGCGCCUGAGCCGCAGGGGGCGCGCAGCGCUGUGAGCCGCUCCCGCAGGACCAGCAGCAUGUCUCAGAAACGGGACUCGAACCCGAACCCGGACGGGUUCAGGGCUCUCAGCACCAGCGAGCUGCGGGAUCUGCUACAGGACGAGCACAAGAUGGAUCAGAUGGUGAAACUGAGUGAGAAGUUCCAGGAGCUGCAGGUGGAGCGAGAGAACCUUCUGACCACUAACCGGAGCCUGGCGGAGGAGAGCCUUGCUCGACGGCCGUGCCUCCAGAACGGCAAGAUGCGGCUGGCCCAGAAGUACCAGGAGCUGGAGAAGCUGGCAAGCACCUGUCGGGAGAAGCAGAGCCGACUAGAGUCUCACAUGCAGAAGCACAGCCCCCAGACGGCUCAGAAUCUGCUCCAGGAAGAAGUAGCUCGUGCUGAGGAGGAAUCCGAGGAUCUCCUGGAGAGGUUCAUGGAGGCCAGCGUUCCACUGGAAGGAUUCCUGGAGUCCUUCCAGAGCUCCAGGAGAACAUACCACAUCCGCCGCGCUCAGGCAGAGAAGAUGCAGGAGUUCAACAGAUCCGAGCGGAACCUGCGGACGCAUAAAAAGGCGGAGGAGGAAGGUGGGAAGAGGGAGGAGGUGCAGGAGGCCCGGCCCAACGGCUUCAUCGCGCAGGGUCCGGCUCGCGUCUUCCAGCUCCGCUAUGGCCUCACCCCCGCCAUCCUCUUGCCCAGCUUCCCUCUUGCCUCUGCUUCAGGGCAAACCCAUGCCGUGAGUCUCCCUCCGCUGGACACCCAGCCUGGUCAGGCCCACAUGCUGGGGUCCGGUUUGUCACAUUCCGGCCCCGGCCAGCCGGUUGGCCUGCGGGUGAUCGGACAGCUUCCUGGCUGGCCCGCCCGGCCCGUGCGGUUGCAACAGCUCUAUAGGCCCAGUCAUCACCAGCCGGAGCCACCGUAUCGAUAAGACCACCACCUUGAUCUCCUGGACAUGGAACAGAUUUUGGGUGACAAGACACACACCCAAGCUUUCAGUCUCAGAAGGGCAGCUUGGGAGGAGUCCUGCUUGGUCUUCUCUUUGGAAUCACAGCUGGGCCACCCAUAAACCAUUUCAGAGUCUUCAGAAGGGAGUUCAUCAGAAGCCAUACAAAUACCAUUAAAAUGUAGCUACAAAAGCAGCAGUCGCGGAAGGAGGACGUGUGCGACGCCUGUUGUUUUUUUCGUCUAAGAAUGUCAUUUUGUCAGGGGUUUAUGCAACAUCCAGUGCGGCCGGGACAUACCAGGAGAUUGAACUUCAGCAGCCUUGUCUGGCUUUGCACUUCGUCAUAAAGGGAUUAUCGUCUGCUGAUAUAACUUGAGAACGGCGGGUUAUCACGCAUGGCUAGUUUUUCUUUUGGUUUUCUUUUGGUGAUGAUCAAUAAAAUUCACAUAAUGGUGUUUAUUACAAACCCAAAA